AUGGGCAGCGGCGGCGGCGGCGGCCACAGGAAGCUCAUCCACUUGCUCCGCGCCGAGCAGGCGGCGGCGGCGUUCUCGUCCUCCUCCUCCUCUGCCUCCGACGACGACGGGUGCAGCACGUCGUCCUGGCAGACGACUGAUGGCGGCGGCGGGUCCGCGGCCUCCUCGCCGUCGCGGUGCAGCGCGUCGACGCCGCCCAAGUCGCCCUGGGCGCACCUGCCGGGGCUUGGCGCUGCGGCGGGGGCGACCUCCACCGGGCUCAUCGCGUCGCUGGUCAAGGAGGACGGCCACGUGUACUCGCUGGCGGCGGCGGGGGACGUGCUCUACACCGGCACGGACUCCGAGAACGUGCGGGUGUGGCGGGACCGGCGCGAGCUCGCCGGGUUUAGGACUGGGAGCGGGCUGGUUAAGGCCAUCGUCGUUGCGGACGACGGCCGCAUCUUCACUGGGCACCAGGACGGGAAGGUCCGGGUGUGGCGCGCCGACGUGGACGACCCCGCCGUGCACCGCCGCGUCGGGUCGCUCCCCAGGCUCGCUGACUAUAUCAAGAGCUCCGUCAACCCGUCCAGCUACGUCGACACCCGGCGGCGGGCGCGGCGCCGCGAGGUGUGGCUCCGGCACUCCGACGCUGUGUCGUGCCUCAGCCUCGACGAGGGCGCCGGGCUGCUCUACUCCGGCUCCUGGGACAGGACCUUCAAGGUGUGGCGCGUCUCGGACUCCAAGUGCCUCGAGUCGGUGCCCGCGCACGACGACGCCGUCAACACCGUCGCCGCCGCCGGGUUCGACAACCUCGUGUUCACCGGCUCGGCGGACGGCACCGUCAAGGUGUGGCGGCGGGAGGAGGCCGCCGGCGAGGCGACAAGGCAUGUGCUGGAGACGGUGCUCCGGAAGGACGAGAGCGCGGUCACCGCGAUCGCCGUCUCUGCCGAGGACCGCGUCGUGUACGUCGGCUCGUCGGACGGGGCGGUGACCUACUGGCACUGGAUCGACGGCGAGGCGAGGUACGGGGGCGCGCUCAAGGGCCACAGGAUGGCAGUGAUGUGCCUCGCGGUUGCCGGGAACGUCGUCGUGAGCGGCUCGGCAGACCGGACGCUCUGCGUGUGGCGGCGCGACGGCGCCGAGCACCACCGGCUCGCCGUGCUCGCCGGGCACACGGGCCCCGUCAAGUGCGUGGCCAUGGACGAGGAGGACACGUCCAGCUCCAACGGCGAGCGGCGGUUCGUGGUGUACAGCGGCAGCCUCGACGGGUUGGUCAAGGUGUGGCGACUCUCCGUCUCCGACGACGAAGCUACAACCUCUCCGGCGUCGGCAGAGCGAGAGCGACGACCUGCAUCACCAUCAACGCCGCCUCCCCGGACGGCGGCGUCGCCGCAUGUCUGGAACAGAUCAGACCGGACGCCGGCGACGGCGUGGCCGGCGGCGUACCAGACGCCGUCGUCGUCGUCGGAGCUGAACAGCGUGGCAGCUGCGUGACCGGCGGCCGGCGGCGAAGCUAAAAUAUAACUAAAGGUAGCAAACAACGUGCGUGCAUGCAAGAACAAUGUGCUGCUCGCACGUGUACUGUAGCAGAGUGUAAAUAUACGUACAAAUAUACGGUGUCUGUACGUAGAUGCGUAUUCCUGGGGAAUGGGCGACUGAUGGGGAGGAAGUGGGCGGUUGGUUGACCGCGAGUGAUGUGCCGGCCACGUCAAAAUCCAAUCCAAAUGUUGGAAAGAAGCAAAAAAAAAAUGAAGGGUUGUGAAUGACUUUGUUUUGUUAAUUUUGGUAGUGUUUUUAACACUUUGUAUAUAUAAAAUGUACAUAUGCAUAAUAGUUCAGUUCUACUGACAAGUA